GUACAUUUUAAGUACCGCAACGCCUGUCUUACACGAAUUUCGUGACAAACUAGCAGUUGCGUGAGUAACAUAGCAUGACUCGAUACAAGCCCCGGAGUGGGAUUAGCAAGGGUUAGACGUUAGCGGUGUGAUAACCGGUAUGUGUCUUUAUAAUAUCAGCACCCUGAAUUUCCAACUGACACACGUAGGCUGGCUUCUUUGUGCGGCACAACCUACUCGGACUCGGAAAACUGACGCGUUUAUCUGGCAUCAGAGUGAACACCCGAUGGUGCUGACGAGGUGCCAGGCUGGAAAACAUGUAUAAAAUGCUGCCAGCCUCCAGACAAACUGCACUUUAACAACAUCAACACUCAACUCUACAAUCAUGUCUAGCGAAAGCACCGCGUUUUGGGCACCCACUCCAAAGCCAUCAUCUAGGCUAGCGCGUUAUCGCGUAUUAUCCCCUCAUGCCGGCGUCCAUGUCUCGCCCUUGCAGCUCGGUGCCAUGAGCAUCGGUGACAAGUGGGAGAAGUUUGGCAUGGGUAGUAUGGACAAGACAUCCUCAUUCAAGCUCCUCGACACCUUCUACAAUGCUGGAGGAAAUUUCAUCGACACUGCUAAUAACUACCAAGAUCAAAGCUCUGAAGAGAUCAUCGGAGAGUGGGCAGAGGAACGGGGAAUCCGUGACCAGCUCGUGAUCGCUACAAAGUACACGACCAAUUACCAGCGCGGCAACGACGCCAUUCGCCAGAAGGUAUCAUACACCGGUAACAACAUCAAGUCAAUGCACAUCAGCGUUGAGGCCAGCUUGAAGAAGCUGAGGACUUCAUACAUCGACAUUUUGUACGUGCACUGGUGGGACUGGGACACCUCCGUCGAAGAGGUCAUGAACGGUCUGCAUGUGCUGAUACAACAAGGGAAAGUGUUGUAUCUCGGCAUCUCGGACUCUCCUGCUUGGGUCGUGUCCAAAGCGAACCAGUAUGCUCGGGAUCAUGGAAAAACACCGUUUGUGAUCUACCAAGGUGCUUGGAACGUUAUGUUUCGGGACUUUGAACGGGAUAUCAUACCAAUGGCCCGCUCCGAAGGUCUUGCGCUUGCCCCUUGGAACGUCCUUGCCGGUGGAAAACUUCGAACCGACGAAGAAGAGGAGCGCCGCCGGCAGACAGGAGAGAAAGGCCGCAUGCUCAUGGAUCCCAAUUGGGAACGUAACGAAACGGAGAGGGCGAUGAGCGCAGCGCUUGAGAAGGUCGCGAAAGAAGUCGGUGCGAAGCACAUCACAGCUGUGGCUAUUGCAUAUCUUAUGCAGAAGACACCCUAUGUGUUCCCGCUUAUUGGCGGGCGAAAAGUGGAGCAGUUGGAGGCCAACUUGGAGUCUCUGGCGAUUUCGCUAACGCCCGAGCACAUGAAGUAUUUGGAGAGCAUCGUUCCUUUUGAUCCCGGCUUCCCCUAUACACUCAUCGGUGAUGGCAAGCAAUACAAUCAUCUAUUGCACCACACUGCAUAUCUGGAAAAGCAGCCGCAGGGGCAGCCCAUAGUUCCAGACGUUGAUUAGUAUGGCACUGCUCGUAAUUUACACAUGUAUUAAGGCGUAGCGCGCCCCAGUAUUGUAAGAUGAUAUGAAAAGAGACAAUGCGUGCGUACUUUAUUCUGAAGCCGACAACACCCUGCGCUUGAGCAGGUUUCGAACUGGGAAGCCAUGACUCGGACGACCGCUCUCGUGGCCCGAAAAUUUUCAAACUUGCACAGUCCAAGAGAAAGAGAUUUUGAUUCUGUUGUUGGCAACCACUUGGCUAAGACCAGCC